AUGGCCCACGAGGACGUGAGCUAUUACCGGGGGCAGUACAAGGACCGGCUCCUGCACCUGCUCAGGGAGCUGUGGGCGGCAGAGGAGGACUCCACGCACUCGUUCAUCUGCGUGCUGAAGAAGAUGAAGGAAGUGCGGCUGAUGGAGAAAGUUGUGGAGGAGACAGAAGAGGCCUUCACGGACAGGAUGGAGAGCCUUGCUGAGCAGUGGAGGGACCUGCACGCCAGGAGGGCCCAGCUGAAAGCCCACGUGGUGACAUCUGGGGCGACUGUGAAGGAGAAUGAAAGGCUGCGAAGCCAAGCUCUGAAGAAAGCCAAAGAAGAGAAAGAGGAGAAUUCCAAAAAGGAGAGUGAGCUUUUGAGGGCUAGGAGGGAACUGGAAGCCCUGAGGAAACAGCACCAGAUACUCUCCAAAAAAUUGCUGAAGUACUCCCUGUUCAAGAAGUACCUGGAUGAGGUGGUGGAGAAUUCACAGUUCCAUGACAUCGAUGACAUCAUCACCUACUACAAGGCCCUGCUGAGGACACGCAAGGACCUGCUGCAGUCCCAGUGGUGGCACCGGCAGCUGAUGGAGCAGGGCAAGGGCCUGCAGCAGCAGAUCAGGGCAGAGAAGGAGGCUGAGAUGCUGCAGUGCAGGAAUGAGCUGGUGCAGCUCAAAGAGUCGCUCGAGCAGGCUCAAAGUGACAUCCGGCACUGGGAGGAUCGCUGGGCACAGGUGCAGGACAGGGCUGCCAGGAAGGCGGUGGAGCUGAGGUCCCUCACCAUGGCCAUCCACAGCCUGUUCCAGGCCGCCAGCGCGCGGCUGCAGCCGCAGGGCAGGGUGGCAGCUGGGGACAGCCACAGGCAGCUGGACAUGAUCCGGCAGUUUAUCCACGACCUCCAGGACUUCACGGAGGACAUGAAGGAGCGUGGCCGAGCUCUGUGA